UAAUUCGCACGAAGAACAACAACAGAAACAACAACAACAAAAAUAAAUAAUAAGGAAGUGAAUGUUUCGUUCUUUAACUAAAGUGUCAACCUUUUGAUGAAUAUGAUCGAUAUACCAUUAAAAUAUCCUUUUACCAUCAAUCGGAACACUACAGGCCUUGCGUAGGAAAAGAGUUAUUGUUGACCGAACUGCUAGUAUAUCCUGGUCGAAUGGUAGCAGUAGUCGGAUAUACACGUCAUGGCAUUAUUUGACUUACUUGCAAGCACACGUUCUCUAGAGCAAAAACUAAUAGAUGCCGUGUCAUCAAAUAACAUUGAACAACUACAGAAGCUGUUGGAAGAAGGAGUUGAUCCAAACAAGAAACUACACAAGUUUGGUGGUGAUAGGGCAAUACAUAUUGCAGCUACUAAAGGAAACACUUCAGCAAUAGAGCAUCUCAUAAAUGCAGGAGCAGACUAUGAAUUACCCAAUGAUUUGGGUAUAACACCCCUUUACAAUGCUGUACGUGCCAAUCAUCCUUUGGCUGUGAAGGAGUUAUUGAAACAUUGUAAAUAUGACACUUGUUUGAAUUUUCUUUGGAAUGAAGGCCUGUAUGUGGAAAGUAAAAUACCAGAAAAUGGUAUGAUGCAGGCAGUAGAUAUUGUUGCAGCUCCCAACUUACUAUUCCAGAAACACCACUUGAGACCAACGUAUUGGGAUGUAUUCUUUACACUCAGUCUGGGGGAAAUGACACAUUCGAUGAAUAAUGAAAACUUAAGAUUACUUUUCUUGACAGGAUUCAAGAACCCUACAUCAGUUUUCAUUACCUAUGAGAAGAAAGUUGUUGAAAAACUUCAAAACUUAGAAAACAGUGUCAUAUGGUCCAACUUAUCCGAAGAUGAACAAAAUAAGGUUAAAGCUAAACUUCAGGAAGCUGUUGAUAUGUUGCAGUUUAUGAAGAAAAAUCCGUUAUCACUUACUCAUUUAUGUAGACUAACUGUACGGUGGAGUUUUUGGAACAGUUGUAAUGUUUAUUAUGGAGUCAAUCAACUCCCUCUUCCAACAGAUCUGAAGAAGUUCAUUGUCUUUUAUGGAGAUUUUUAGAUCAUUUGACACACUAGUAUGGCAGCUCUUCAUAUGUUUAACCUGCUGAGUAAACACCACUCUCCGCGACACAGACUACGAGAUGCAGUAAAAACUAACAACACUGAGAAACUUACAGAACUCUUAGACCAGGGUAUAGAUCCAAAUAUGAAGCUUGAAAAAACAGGUGGUAACAGACCUGUACACUUAGCUGCAACAUAUGGAUAUUACCGUAUUAUAGAACUUCUUGUAAAUGCCGGAGCCAUUUGUAACUUGCUGAAUGAUUCUGGAGAGACGGCUUUAUUCAAUGCUAUUCGCUUUAAGCAUCCUCGUGCUUUACAGGUACUAUUGAAACAUUCGUCACAAGUAACGGGACUUGAUCAGUUAUGGUUUGAUGGACGAAUCGUGAAACGUAUUUUAUGUCAUGGAAGUGGUCCAGUAAUUUCUACUUUAAUAAUUGCAACACCAAACUUGCGAUUGUCACGGUCGAACUUGUGGAGUAAUAUUCUAAACAUUUGUGUUAGUCGUAUACAAGAUUAUAAUAGUAUUCGGUUGCUGUUUCUUACAGGCUAUAGGAAUCCAGAUGAAGAAUUUGUGUCCUUUGAAAUCAAAAUAAUAAAGAAAUUACAACGUUUUGAAAGUGGUGACUGUGGAUUAAGGAUGACUGGUGCUGAGAGCACUGAUGCAAUACAGGUGCUUCGACAAGCUGUAGACUUUAUUUGCAAGUUGAAACAAAAUCCACAGUCAUUAAAACAGUGUUGUAGACUGACCAUUAGGUCAAGUUUUCAUAAUAAAUGCAAUGUUUACUAUGGGGUAGAACAACUGCCCUUGCCAAAAGAUCUAAAAAAAUACCUUGUAUUUCAUGGAGAAUUCUGACACUGCUAACAGUUUUGUUUAUUUUUCAAAGUAUGAAGAGUAUGAAAUAUCUCAGAAUUUUACAGUGGUAUUAUAAGACUGAUGCUUCAUUAAAUAGGUUUAUCUAUUAUAUAUCUACAAAUUUCUUUAAUUUUGAACAUUGUAGAUAUUUGGUAAACUUUCUAUGUUACAAAUACUGUUUAUCACGGAAUGUGUGCCUUUUGUAAAAUUUUGAUAUGAUUAUUCAAGGCUCAUUCUACGAGUUAGAUGAGGUUAGUUAAGAAUAUACCAUAGACAGUUUCUACUGCAAUUCUAUUUGAUAAGAAGCAUGUGUAUGUCAAAAACUUUCAAAAUUAUAUAACUAUUAUCUUAAUUAAUGUUUAAUGUUUCAGCAACUGAACUUUUUUGAAGCAGAACCAGGUUUGGUACAACAAAUGUACAAUUACACAAAUAUGUGCAAUUUAUCAGCAGUUUUACUGCAUGUAUACUUCCAUUGUUUUUAUUGAUUGUGAUAUUAAACAUCAGCAAAUAAUAUCUCAUUUUACUUGAAAUAAGACCAUUUUAUGCCCCUGCCACAUUUGUUUCUACUUAUAUGCAUUGAUGUUUGUUUGUGUGUUUAGAGAAGUGUCUGGCCUAGAACUGUGGAGCUGUUGCACAUGAAUUACUCAAUACAGCGAAAAUUGAU